GUCAAGUAGCCCCGGGAACGGUCGCCGCUUCGGAGCCGGUGGGCGGCCGGAGGCCGGAGCGCUCGGCCGGUUCCCCCUGGACCUCGGCCAGUACCCGUGCGGCCGCGUUCCGCAGCGCUAUCCACGUCGGCCCGCCAUGCGCCCGCCGGCCCCGGCCGUGCUGGGGCUGCUGCUUCUGAUGCUGCUGUCGCCCGGCGAGGCCACCAAGAAGCCGACGCCCUGCAAGCGAUGCCGGGAGCUGGUAGACAAGUUCAACCAGGGAAUGGUGGACACAGCAAAGAAGAACUUUGGGGGUGGAAACACGGCUUGGGAGGAAAAGACGCUGUCCAAGUAUGAAUUCAGCGAGGUCCGCCUGCUGGAGAUCAUGGAGGGCCUGUGUGGAACCAGCGACUUCGAGUGCAACCAGCUGCUGGAGGAGCACGAGGGGCUCCUGGAAACCUGGUGGCUGCGGCUGAAGAAGAAGUAUCCUGACUUAUUUGAAUGGUUUUGUGUGAAAACACUGAAAGUUUGCUGUGCUCCGGGAACUUACGGGCCAGACUGCCUGGCGUGCCAGGGUGGGUCCGAGCGGCCCUGCAGUGGGAACGGCCACUGCAGCGGAGACGGCAGCAGACAGGGCGACGGGUCGUGCCAGUGCCACCUGGGGUACCGGGGACCGCUGUGCGCCGACUGCAUGGACGGCUACUUCAACUCACUGAGGAACGAGACGCACAGCAUCUGCUCAGCCUGUGACGAGUCCUGCAAGACGUGCACGGGCCCUACCAACAGAGACUGCAGCCAGUGCGAAGUGGGCUGGGCGCGGGAGGACGACGCCUGCGUAGAUGUGGACGAAUGCACGGCAGAGCCGCCCCCCUGCGAGGAGCAGCAGUACUGCGAGAACGUCAGCGGCUCCUUCGCGUGCCAGGAAUGUGAUUCUACCUGCGUGGGCUGCACGGGGAAGGGUCCUGGACAGUGUAAAGAGUGCCUCCCCGGCUACUCGAAAGAGAGUGGCCAGUGCACAGACAUUGACGAGUGCUCGCUGGCGGAAAAGCCCUGUCUGAGGAGGAACGAAAACUGCUACAACACGCCCGGGAGCUUCGUCUGCGUGUGCCCCGAGGGCUUCGAGGAGGCCGAGGACGUCUGUGUGCAGACGGGGCCGGCGGGGGCCGAAGUCACAGAAGCAAGCCCAACACAGCCGCCGUCCCAUGAAGAUUUAUGAUGUGCAUCCACGUCAGAAGUCACACCCGCCCUUUAAAUUAUUCAGACUGUCGUCCUGGAUGUGGCCCUUCAUGUCACACCGUUGCUCCAGGGGAAGCUGCUUUCAUUGAAAUGGCUGAUGCUUAUUUGACCCUUAAAGCUGCAUUUACUGGUUGUUCUUAAACAGAUUUGUAUAUUUUGAUAUCGUUCUUUAUAAUAAAAUUGGCCACUGAAGGUAGU